AUGAUAGACUCACCAAACCAAACGCUAUCAGAUAACACCACCAGUCAUCAACCCACCGUUUCUCAAUCAAGUGAUACUAGUAGCGAUACAAUCUCGAAUAGCUCUACUGAUUCAUCCGACCAUAAAAUCAACCAUAAGCACGACCACAAGCAUAGCGUACAAGAAAACGUGGUAGAGCAUAGACCUGAGGAGACGUCAUUAAAAGCUGGUUGCAAUGAUAAUAUCAUCACACAGCCCGAUGAUGAUAUGCCAGCAUACUACACCGAAGGCUUGAAAAACCCAGGAUGGCUCACAGUGCUUGCGACAUUCAUGCUUAACUUUUAUACACUAGGCAUAGUAUGUAGCUGGAAUGUCUUUCAGGUUCUAUACCUCGAGGUGUACGCUGAGCAAACGGAUGAAGCACGUGUUGCCUUAGUAGGGACAUCUAUGAGUGCACUCAUGUAUGCUCUUGGAUUGGUUGGCACACCUAUUAUCCAGCGACUUCAUUAUCGUGGUACCAUUUUUCUAGGUGCUGUCAUUUGUUGUCCCCUCGGCCAGGUCCUUGCCAGCUUUGCUACUGAGAUAUGGCAAAUCGCCUUAUUCCAAUGUUGCAUGUUUGGUGUUGGCACAGGUCUUUGUUAUACCGCUUCCUCAACAUUACCCUCACAAUGGUUUGUGAGAAAUCGAGCUCUUGCCUCUUGUAUCGCAAGUAUGGGCGGAUGUAUUGGUCCCAUGGUGUUCUCACCCAUAACACAAGCAUUGAUUACAAGUCUGGGAUAUCGCAACGCGCUACGUGUACUUGCUGCUAUUGGUUUCACCAUUUCUUGUCUGGGUGUGAUCUUGAUCCGACCACGCUAUCCACCACCAUCAUCGUCAUCAUUGUCGUCAUCAUCAUUGAAGAGCGAAAAACAACAAUCCAAAUGGUGGCAGCGUUUCCUAUCCUUGGAUCGAGCCAUGUUUACAUGGAAAUACAACUUUUACCUAUUGCAUUCAUUCUUGGUGUCAUUUUCAUAUGCAACACCCUUCAUCUUGUCACAGACCUAUGCAACCGAACUCGGUGCUAACCCUGCAUUUGCAUCCACCUUUGUUUCGGUCCUUGAAGCAUCCAAUGGUCUUUCACGUAUCAUUUUCGGUUGGCUGGGUGAUCAUUGUCUCGGACGCAUCAAUGUUGUUUUUCUCACGACACUCAUAUCUGGUAUUUUCACGUCUGUGAUUUGGCAAAAUGCAAGCAGCAUUCACAUCUAUAUGCUUUACACUAUCCUCUUUGGCUUGACAGGUGGUGUCUUUAGUGGCUUUCAGCCGGUUGUCAUUGCUGAAAUUGUGGGUGUCAAGGGAAUUCAAGAAGGUGUGGGUGUAGCAUACUUCAUAUCACUCUUUGGCUACUUGGCUGGAACACCCAUAGCCGGAGCUCUACACAUUCAUUAUGGAUGGACCGCAGCUAUUCAAUUUACGGGUGCGAUGAAUAUGGCAUCGGCAAUGGCUGUUUUGGGAACAAGGUUCUUAUUCAAUAAACGUCUGCUAGCAAAGGUGUGA